AAAUAACAUUUUUAUUUUCUGCUUGACAACCUCACAUCCACUUCUUAAGCGCUGUGUUAAUUUCCUCCUCUCUUGUGAGCAUUUUUGCCGAUCCCUACCUCUCUUCUUCGCUCUUUUUUAUUUGUCUUGCAUUUAUGAGCUAUACACAUUACUAGAAUAAUUUCAGCCAUUUAUUAAUAGGUCUCUUUUUUAUUCUGCACAUCGAUUACCUGCUUCCUUCAUACGUAUAUAGCUUAUUUAAUCGCAUUUUCUCAUCAACAAAUGGCUUCAGCGGCAACAAUGCAUAACACAAUGGCCGCCGCCACCGCAGACAUUGCCACCACAGCCAGCAACUCUGCCCCGGGCACUCCGAAACACACAAUAGAGGGUUCGAAAUUGAGCACUGAAAAUGCCAGCACGUUCUCGCCACUCUCAUCAUCGACAAUCACCAUAGCCUCCCUGGGCUUGUCGCUGGAAUUGGGCACACCCAUCAAUGGUCUAACCCUGGUGAACGACCCUGCAACCAAAACCCCCGCCACCGAUACCUUUGACCAAGGCGGGCAGUACAUUACAGAUAUGGACGAAGGAUUUGACCACUACGACGAUGCUGCACAUGACCUGGCUAUCCGCGGACUGUCCUGCAACGCAAACAUCAACAGGGACUCGUUUUCCUCCAGCAUAUCAUCCACGGCAUCGGACAGCAGCAGUAAUGGGUCGAUUAUCAUGCCGUCUAUUACCAUGCGCUCUGUGAGCGCCGACUACUCUCGUGUCUAUGCCAUGCAAAUGCGCAACCUGCCGCCCAGAACCAACAGCAACACUCGGCAAGCAAUGUCGUUUGCAACCUCGCGGAAUCAGCCGACAGACGCUGAGCUUGUUUUGUCUCAGGGCUUUGAUGAGCAGGAACCUCUGCCUGCUAAUACCGUGGUGGCUGCUGAGGUGGCAACGCCGGCAGAGUUGGUAGAGGCUGCAGAGCAUUCAAAUACUGAUGUUAUUCAUAGGUCGUUGGCCAAAAAGCUGUUGCAUCCGCUGAGCUGGAUGCAGCCAACCGGCGCCAUUGCCGCCGCCGGCGACAGCCAGGUUGCUCGGGCCAAGGCCGCUACUAACCUUAAUGUUGACGCUCCAAGCAUUGCUGCAAUUUUGCAACUGCAGGGCAGAUCCGCUGCCAUACACAAUCGCAUUCAGCGCAAAUCUAUGGCUGCAGUGAGGCAAAAUGACGUCUCUCAGCUUUUCCAAGAUAUUAGUAGCAGCGGUGAGGCCACAGCCGAGACCAGCAAUCCCAACAUUGCCCAAACAGCGGCUCCAGUUGUCAAAUUAAUAAGCAACAAUACGGUUGGUACCUCCGAGCCACUCUUGCAGUCACGCCGGCCGCGACAAAGCGCAGUGCCUUCAAAGUCUCUGGAUAUUGACCGUGUUGCAGUCACAUCUCGGCUUCGUGGGCCGCUAAGUCGCCACACCAUGCAACGCAGCAAAGCCAACGAGGCACUAAACAUCAACUCCGCGACAGAACCUGAUGCUAUGGGUCCAGCUCGUUUCCAAGCACUGCCUCGGUCGCUGGUCUCGCGCUUUGGGUUUUGUAACAUUCUGGCAUUGCGCCGACAGCCUGGAGACUUGCGCUUUAUCAUUGCGCCACAUCCUCGGUUUGCUGAAGUCGUCGAGGUUGUUGACUGCGACGAAAUGGCGCCGGUGUACCGCAAAGUCUCGCGCUCAGGCAAGUCCUGGCACGAAACUUUCCAUGAGGUUGACCCUGAGGAUAGCGGCCACGGUCUUGGUGCAUUGCGUGGCUACGAUAAUGUUGCUACGCUAGCAGACACGGUUAUAAUGAGUGACUACGAGAUGGCGUCUGCCCUGGGCCUUCCUUACCCUGGCGCAGCCUUUGCCAACUAUGGAUCCAUGUAUAGCGGUAGGGGCUACACGUCUCCGCGCGACUCAGACUUGUACUACAGCGGCGCAAAGAGCGGCAAUAUUAGCCGCCGCACGCUUGCAGGCAACGCGGCCGCAUCCUGCGUUACUUUCCAGUCAUCAUCUGUGUCGUCAUCCGUAGCCGACAACAACCGGCGCAUGCUGAACCAGGACGCGGGCACAAAUGGGUUUGGCAUAGCUUCAGCAAUGGGCUUGUUUAAUCAGAGCACAGCGUCAUUCCCAAACCCCAGCACGGCGCGCAUGCUGCGCGCCAGUGCUAGCAUGGGCAUGUACGGGCUUUCAAGCGUUGGCAGCGGCGAUAACGCGUCAUUCGACAAGGGUCUGCUGUGGGAGGCACUGACACCCUAUCCCAACCAGUUUCCGCUUCAUAUCAAGGGUGCUCGCACCAUUGAAGACAGUAUCUCGCUGGCCUCAUUGGUGCUCGACCGCCACUUAUUCUGCUACCGCUUCCAACUGGGCGCAAACAAAAUGCGUUGGACAGCAAAACGCGCUCGAAAGCACCAGCUGGCCCUGCAGUGUUUUGUGCGCAGCACUCUAGUUGCCGAGGUCUUUGUCGACUAUGAGAGAGGAUACUCGCCCUAUAGUGUUUCCAAUGUAAAGGGUCAGAAUAAGAAUCCAGUGGCCCCCCAGAAGUUUGUAAGCAACAACAGCAGCAAAACUUCCACGCCUGCGGGAGCAGACAUACUUACCAGCAGCAUUAACAACUCUGCCGAAACCGCUACCGACCUGAUGAGCGCGCUUCCGAAUGACGGCUCGUACCCCAUAAUAACUAUUCUCCCAGUUGCAUUUACUCAGCUGUCGGCCUUUGACUCUGACAUUGUCGAGUCCUUUAUUGUCUUUACGGGCAUGCAGAUGCUUGAGUGUCUGCAUGUCUGAUACAUAAUUUAUUUACUCGAUAUCAGCUGUUGCAAUUUGGGCAUUGGGAAAUUCCUAUUACAUUUAAUUUUUCUUUUAUUUU